CGGCGCAGAUGACCGUUUUAGCCAAAACACACCUUUCUCUACAACCACCUCCCUCUUGAACUCGACAUUUGCCCUCCUCGUUAACGCACACUCCUUCUACAUCCUACAUCUCACCAAUUCUUACGAAUUCAGUCAUGGAGGCAGUCAUGCGAAUAACGGAUACCCUCAAGUCGUUCAGGGAAGCACGGCUGAGCGCACUUCGGGGGCCACAAGAAUUUUUUGACCACCACAGGCUAUCACGCCCUGCGGAUAUGAGCCAGGCUACUCAGCGGAUAUCCUACAACACACGAUACUUCUCUGGCAACUACGGUAUCAUAGUCGCAAUUUUAGCCGUAUAUGCAUUCCUCACAAAUCCCCUUCUACUCAUUGCGAUGGGCUUCCUGGUCGGAGGCUUCGCUGCCAUUAACCGAUUCGCCCCUGAUCCAGUGCAGUUUGGCGACCGCACCAUUACACAGAAGCACCUCUACAUUGCCCUGUUCGUCAUUGGCAUACCCCUGCUCUGGAUCGCAUCACCGCUGAGCACGCUGUUCUGGAUCGUUGGAGCCUCUGGCAUUUUGAUCAUUGGACAUGCUUCUCUUAUGGAGCCUGGAAUCGAGAGCGAGUACGCUACUGUGCAGGAUUCUGUCUAGAAAUGGACGCGUCAGGACAUUGUAGUUUCGCAGUAUGACCGAAUGUCGGUGGGUUCUGUGGAAUAACUUAUACUAUGUAGUUUCAGGAUCAGAUUGAUCACUGUUCCACUGGUUGGACGGUGUGAUAACCCCAGCGUUAACCGCGGACUGAACAAGGAAAGGAGAGAAAGGUAUACGACAACUAAACCGCGACGCAUGCAUGCCCCCAUACAGGUGGUACACUUUUCACGUCCUGUAACGUCUUAUUACAGACCUUCGUUACAUUCACGUUGCAUACGAAAGG